AUGCACACUCGGCUAAGUCUACUAACAGCCCGUGCUCGAGGUGAAUCCAUUCGGCGACAUCGAGAACUUUUCUCGGCCAGCCAACGGCGGAUGCUUCAAUCUUCUCCUCUAAAUCGAACGGUUUCCACAGCUGUCACUGGUCGAGGACCGCUUCAUCACCAAAACAAUACCAGCGAUGGCCCUCGAUUCUCGGCACCUGGGGUAUCUUUUCCAAGAUAUUACACCAGCACCAAAAAAAUGUCACCGUCCAGUGCGAUGGCAUUGCGAGACGACAACGAUGACAGCAGUUCAUUGGACGACGAUGAGCUCAUGUCAGAAGAAAUUGAAUUGCUAACAUCAUCAGCAUUGUCACAGUACCUACCGCCAUCGUCAUUGCCAGAAGAAAUAUUCUACAGACAGGGAGAAGAACCUAUCAGUGAUAGUAAUGGUUCGCUAGAUUUGGAAUUGGGAGAAGGCUCAAUGUGGGAUCAUGAAAUAGGGAUUGCACAGGGUAUGGAUUACAUUGUGGAAGAAGAUAUGGAUCGUGAGCCAAUAUCCAGCCUUGCGAAUCCAAACACAGUAGCUGCUUCAAAAAAAGAGAUACUAACAGUGCAAAAGACUCCAAUGGAAAUACUCAGAGAUUUCGAUAUCGAAAAACCUCCUUCACGGGACAACUUGGAAGAGCUCCAAUUAUGGCUUGAGUGCGCUGCCCAGCGUGAAGCUGUCAUGAAAUACCAAAAGUUGAUUGAAAAGGCUCGAGACAGGAAAGCAUUUGAUUCGAUGAGUUUGAUGCAACGCCAUGUCGUGCAAUGGUACCAAGACCUCCGCGAUGCCAUUGAGGUCCGGCAAAAGGAGUACCUUUCCAACGAAGAUACCCGUCCAGCGCGAAAGCGAUAUGGUCCAUUUCUUUGUUCGCUACAUCCCGAAAAGAUGGCAGUCAUUUCUAGUCACGAGGCAAUCACUCAAACGCUACUACUGAGUGGAAAGAAUGGCAAAGAAGGUGUGCCUUUGGUAAAGCUUGCGCAGUUGAUUGGAGCUGCGAUUGAAACAGAAGUUGUUUCGCAACGACGAAUGAAGGAGCGGUUUGCAACCUUCAAGGCGCAAGAAGAGAAAAUGGGCGACACUGAUGAGAAUGCCGAAACAACAUCUGUCAAAGAGGCAAAGAUGACUGCAGUUGAUCACUGGAAGUUCAGUGCAUCACAUUUGAAAAUGUACAUGGACGAGCUGAAACGAAUUGAUCCAAAACUUGGAAAGAGCAAACGGGCUAUUAACUAUGCUAUGCGUCGGGCUAAGCAAGCUAUGAACACCGAACAGAAAUGGUGCAAAGAAGAUUUGACUCAUAUCGGGGCUGCUCUUCUCUCCAUUGUUGUCGAACAUACUACCAUUAAUCAGAAUGGAAAAGAAGACCCAGCUUUUCGCGUUGAGAAACGGUGGUCCAAGGACAAAAAGAGCACUUCGUACGUCUACCUCAACGAUUACCUAACCAAACUUUUUUUGGAAGAUGACUUUUUGUCGUGGGCUGCCAAUACAACACGACACAAGCCCAUGAUUGUCCCUCCAUCCAACUGGACUGGACCCAACGAAGGAGGUUAUCGCUGGCUACAGGUGGACUUGAUGCGAACUCAUGGAUCAAAUAUCCAGAGAGAGGCAUUGCAACAUGGAGAUCUUUCUCUCGUUGCAGAUGGAUUGAACACUCUAGGAAAGACACCGUGGAAAAUCAACAAGGAAAUCUUGAAAGUCGGCGAAUACUGCUGGAAUAACAAUAUUCCAAUUGGAGAUAUUCCAUCUCGAACCGACUUGAAACUGCCAGUAGAACCCAUGCGGCCACCAAAAGUAGACCCUGCCGUGUACAGCGAUGAGGCUGCACCGGAAACGAUUGCUGCCAAGGAAGCAAACCGAAUCUACCGGGAAAGCAUGUACAAGGUUCAAAGAAUACAUCAGAAGAAUAUGGAUCUUCGAUCUCUUCGAUGCUCUGCUACAUUGAAAUUGAACCAAGCUAAUGAGUUCAAGGACUUUGAUAAAAUUUACUUCCCGUACAACCUUGACUUCCGCGGAAGGGCUUACCCUGUACCACCACAUCUCUCGAAUGUGGGAUCCGAUUUGUGCCGUGGAAUGCUAACAUUCUCUGAGGCGAAGCCACUCGGGAAGAGGGGGCUCUACUGGCUCAAGGUGCAUCUUGCCAAUUUUGCAGGAAAAGAUAAGAUGUCAUUUGACGAUCGUGCUAAAUUCGUCGACGAUCACAUUGACGAUGUCAGAGAGUCAGCAAAAAAUCCAUUUUCAAAGGAUCCCUGGUGGAUGUCGCUUGACGAUCCUUUCCAAGGCCUUGCAACAUGCCAUGAAAUCGUCAAGGCCAUUGAUUCUGGAGAUCCAGAAUCGUACAUGUGCAACCUGCCUGUUCACAUGGAUGGUUCUUGCAACGGUCUUCAGCAUUAUGCAGCUCUCGGUCGUGACACAGUCGGAGGAAAGGCUGUCAACUUGUUGGAAGGUGAUGGGCCAGAGGAUGUUUACGUCGGUGUCAUGCACGAAGUAAUCCGUCGAGUUCGCGAAGAAGCAAAACGAGAGUUAGAUUUUGAUGUCUCUGAUCCUGACGCACUUGGAAAGCCACAAAAGAAGCAAUGGAAGCACAAUUUAGCUGCCAAACUAGUCGACGGUCUCAUUGAUCGUGGUGUCGUGAAGCGGACUGUGAUGACUAGUGUGUACGGUGUCACUUACAUCGGUGCACGAACUCAGAUUCAAGAGAAAAUUGAAGAAAAGUUGGAAGAGAAAGGUUACGAUAUUGACGAAAUUGACAGAGAGAUUUUCAUCGCAGCUGGAUAUCUUGCAACCGUGACAAUGGAGGUUAUGGGUGACUUGUUCCAGGGUGCAAAGAAGACAAAGAGUUGGCUAGCGGAUUGUGCCCGAAUGAUCACGCAACAAGGUCACCCUGUUGCAUGGAUUUCUCCUAUUGGAAUCCCUGCCAUUCAGCCUUACCGCCAGAAGCGACCUAGGACUGUGGUGACUGUUAUGCAAUCAGUUACAGUGGCAGAUGAAAACGAUGAUCUCCCCGUCCAUAGUUCUCGCCAAGUGACAGCAUUCCCUCCAAACUAUGUGCACUCGUUGGAUUCGUCUCACAUGCUUUUGACAGCAAUGGAAAUGGACAGACGAGGAUUGAGAUUCUCGGCAGUGCAUGACUCAUUUUGGACCCACGCAUGCGAUGUGGACGAGAUGAAUGAAGCUCUCCGAGACUGUUUUGUAGAACUCUACACGCAACCCCUGCUAAAAGAUCUGAAGCAAUCCUGGGAACUACGAUAUCCUGAAGUUGAAUUUCCAGAGCUUCCCGAACUAGGUGAUUUGGAUCUGAAUGAAGUCAAGGAUGCAACCUACUUUUUCCAAUAG